CGAGAAGACAAAUCAAGUUUCGAAGAAAAACAUAUAAAAAUGGUACGUAUUUCAAUAUUUUAAUACGCAAGAAUUGUGUUGUAAUAUAGUAUUUCAAAAAGUUGACAGUUUAUUAGAACAAUAAUGUCUUGAUAUAAAUAUCUCAUAUUUUUAUGCUUGUCCAUGGUGGCCAAGGUUAUAAAGUGAAGCCAAAUAAAUAGAGAAUGAUACAUGGGUGCUUGGAAAUACCAGAUAAUCUGGUAUUUCCAAGCACCCAUGUAUUUUUCUGUUUAUUCUUCUGCCCUUUCAUAUUUAUAUUAUAUAAUAAAAAGGAAUAUGAAUCUUAUCAGGCCUCUAACCUGUGUGUUGUUGUUGAGGUAAGGCCAUAUAAAAAAAAAUAGUUGGUUAGCGUCCUUAGCUUUUGCCAAAAAGUGGGCGGGCGGGUGCUUUUUUUUUCAUUUUUACUAAUUUUUAACGCCUUGGUUUUACUCACUGUUAGGUCCGAAACUGGAUUUUCUUGCUCAGUACAGAUAUUUUUUUAUAUAUUUCAAAAUAUAAUUCAUACCGUCAUUUUCGCACGCAAUUUCGCAAACUAUUAACACAAUUGACUACAGUCAACAGAAAUACUACAUAUAUUAGAGCCAGUUGAUCAAUAAAAGUCUUUUUUUUAAAUAAAAAAAUUUAAAAAAUCCUGAGCGGGGCCUUUUUUGUGGGCGGGCGGGGACGCUAACCAACUAUUUUUUUUAUGUGGCCUAACAGACUGAAACAAUGAUGAAAAGUUUGGCCAGGAGUGUAGCGAAGGGCGUGCUGCUUCCCUCCUCCAAAAGAUGAAGCUAUCAACAAAAUCAGUGUGCUUAUGCAUUUUGCAUUAGUUGCCUAUUCCUUAACAAUUAUGAUAACAUAUCAUUGAUCAUGCACCAAUUACAUAACCAUGCCCAUUUUGUUGGCAAAAGUGAGCUGCCUGCACCCCCCCCCCCACCCCACCCCCCAAUGCAAUGGUGGAUACUCCUUUGCCAAUUGUUCUACAACAACUAUGUCACUAUGUCCACAACUUAGACCUGUGGAGACUCUAUACAGCACUCUUCACUGAGAGUUGUUGGGCGUUUACCUUGCCAUCUAUUAUGUUUGUUGGUUGUCAAAGGUCAUGUAUUCCACGUGUACACAGACCACAAACCUUUGACUAGACUGCGAGCAGUCCCUCCUUUCCACAGGUUUAGCUUCCCGGGCAUGCGAGGGGAAAGUACAAAGGAGGGACUGCUGACAACACAUCAAGAAACGAAAUACGCCCACUUUUCGCUCUUGUCAAGUUGGCUCUGCCUUUGAAUAAACAUUACUUAUAUCCAAUUAAAUCUAUCCAAAAGGAACCGUUCAUGUCAUGUUUAUUUAUAAAAUAAACAUUCAGUCUGGAAAUUAUUUAUAGCGUAAUUACUACAUAUCCAACCUCGUACCCAUGGUAUUUUGCUUCCCACUCAGCGAAAUCCAUUUUUGCUGAGUGGGAAGCAAAAUGCCCUGGGUACAAGGUUGCUACAUAUCAGAUUUGAUUGAUAGGCAUAUCGAUUUUGACCAAUGGGAAUUUUUGCGUUGUGUGGACAACGCGUAUUCCGUUUUUUGAUGUGUUGUCGGCAGUCCCUCCUUUCUCCCGAGGGACUGCUCGCGGUCUAAUCUUUAACCUUAAAUUGCCAUUUCCAAUACCUCAACCCAACGCUUCCCUCGCCAAAUCCAUCACUUAAGCCCUAAUGAAACGAGAAUGAGAGUUUGAGAGUUGAAAAGCAAUAGUUUACAUGAAAGUUUUCUCAACUCUCACGGCCCGGUCAAACGAGAACAAGAGUUGCGUGAGAGUUGAUGAGAGUUGACUGGAUAUUACCGCGCGCUUAGCGAAAACUUUCGUCAACACUCAUCAAAAUUUGAGUCAGUUCAAAGUUGAUAAGAGUGCAAGAGAGUUGAUGAGAGUUGACUGGAUAUUACCGCGCGCUUAGCGAAAACUUUCGUCAACACUCAUCAAAAUUUAAACCAGAUUAAAGUUGAUAAGAGUGCAAGAGAGUUGAUGAGAGUUGACUGGAUAUUACCGCGCGCUUAGCGAAAACUUUCGUCAACACUCAUCAAAAUUCGAGUCAGUUCAAAGUUGAUAAGAGUUGCGUGAGAGUUGAUGAGAGUUGACUGGAUAUUACCGCGCGCUUAGCGAAAACUUUCGUCAACACUCAUCAAAAUUUGAACCACUAUGAGAUCAAAGUUGAUAAGAGUGCAAGAGAGUUGGCGGUUAAACACGAGCAAGAGUUGUAAUUUUCAUCAACUCUCAACCUCGUUUGACCGAGGCUUUAGUAUUUAUUUCUGUCCGACCGUGUUGCUCAGUUUAAGUCCAAUCUUUGGUAGUCUCUCAUGGAUUUUCAGGGUAUAAAACGUAACAGAACUACUGCAUACCAUUAUUAUCGAGAGCUUCCAUCGCCAAUUGAAAGCAUCACUCAUGGCGCGUUCAAACGUCCAAAUUGGCACGAUGAAUUGCCAAUUGUGAUGCUUGGGAUAAGGACCUUAUUGAAAGAUGACCUUGAAUGCAGUUCCACCGAACGGAUCUCAGGGCCGUAGCAACCGGGGGGGCUGGGGGGCUGCAGCCCCCCCCCCCAAUAAUUUGCUAAUAGUCAUUCUUUUUUCAAAAUCAUGCAAACUUUAUCAUUUAAUCUGUGACAAACUGCAAAGAAUGAAGAUAUUACUCAUACUCCAGAUCGUUCCUCGCGUAGAAAUUUUAGCUGAAUUUCUGUCGCGCAUUUUCAAGAAAAUCCCACAAAAUCUGCACAUUUUUGAUGAACUAAUGAUUUAUUUUGUCUUUUGCGUGUUGGGUCUUGCGAAAGAAAACUCUGAAAAUGCCAUUUCAGACCAUCUAGAGACUCCAGAUUUUCGAAAUUUUCUCAAAUGUUCUGCCUUCAUUUCCGCGCAACUGCCAUUUACGACGAAAAUUCCCGCCGCGCAUUUAUAAUGCUACAGUCUGGCCCAUACUUUCCUGUAAAUUUCGACAUACUAAAACGCUGUUUUCUGACUAUCAGAAUUCUGUUAAAUCUUCCCCCAAAGUCCAGGAAAUGGCAUUUUAGAGACUCUAAAUUUAAAAAUUUCCUCGGGCCUUCGGCCCUCGCUUUCAGCCCCCCCAGUCGAAAAGAGCUUCCUAUGGCCCUGGAUCUAUAAACAACCCAACGUUGCUCCUUGGCUGACUGUGAGACGUGAAACAACGCCCACUUCAAACGCAACAUCAUGGAAAGCGUUUGUGCCUGACGCUUUAAAACAUGCUACGUAUGUGUCCGUCAUGAUGCGCUUAAAACGACCUUAUGAUGGACCCUGGAAUGAAAAAGAUAGAAUGGACGCCACGGCAAAGUGAAUCAAUCGACAGCCUUAAUACAGCAUUUCUAGACCUGGCGCAAAGAGAGCGACUGUCUCAACCUCUGUAGUCUAUAGGACUUCCUGUACCGAUGACUCCAAUACCACUAACAAGAACAUGGUCUCGUCCUGCAUUGAACUUACUAGUUCGGCUACGCCCUGGGGGAAGAGUAUAAUUGUAGUUAGAGGCUACUCCAUGGACAGUCUUAAUUAAGAAAUAUCCUGACAUUAGGGAAUUACUAUUUAUGUUGUUAUUUUGUUCAACUUCGGCUUAUCCAGAUGAUAUUGUAUUUUUGAGUUGGAUCCAGGCUCAUCUGAAAGAAUGGGUGCAUAAUUUUGCAGCAAGGCCAAGCUGUAGAUUUCUUACACUUCUUCAAAUGUUAUCAAAAUGUCAUCAAUGGUGAAAAUAAUUUCAGUAUGGACUGGUUGAUCCUUGAAGCAAACUUAUUCUGGGAAUACACACUCCUCUCGGCCAGCAAAUUUGCCAAUAAGCACAUAUUGAAAUUUUAGAUAACUUCCCGCAUGAAAAUUAGGGAUGAUUGGGAAUUGGGAUGAACUGGCCAUAUUCACCCAUUACACAGAAAGAAUAAACCUAGCAUUUUAUUGUCCAGAUAACCGUACAGAAUAUUAACCGAUGAUGAGCCCUGUUACACUCGUUUUCUUUGCAAAAAUCCGAGCUUAACACUGAUUGCAAUUGUUCGUGUAAUGAUUCGCCAAUGUACAGUAACCACAUUCAAGAAGUUGCUUGAUGAAGGGUGCAACUUGUGCCUGAGAAUAUUUUUAAAUCUACGGAUGUUAUGCUUGACUGUUUGUAAUCAUGAUAAUGAUCGUUACGUUUUUCUUCUAUUUUCCAGGCGGAACGGAAACAGGUUAAUAAGUACUAUCCUCCCGACUGGGACCCAUCCAAGGUACAGUAACAAUUGACACAGAAAAUAUAAAAUGUUCAUUUUACAAAUUUAACUAUAUAUGCAAGGUAAACAGUCCUCUUGUUGUUGUAAAAAUCUAUGAUGAGUUAUUUAUUGAUUCGUCGAUUUUGCAAAACAUAGUUAUAGAAUUGUGUUGUGAAAACAUACACUGUAACAAUAUAUUGGUUAAAACAACCACCAAAUUGGUUAUCUCAGAUUCAAAAUGAAGCGUAAGCUUAGAAUUCCAACGUGUCUAGCGAAUUCUUCAACAGAAGAAUUAGUAAGAACAUACAGAUAAACACGUUUAUAGCAAAGCUACAAAGGCAAUAAUUUGAAAUAUCCUAUUGCAAAAUAUCCAUGAAACGUGUUCUAACUAAUAUAUGAAAUAUUUUCAGGGUUCUGUCAACAAACAUGUUGGCCAACAUCCUCUUCAUGAAAGAGCUAGAAAGCAUUCUCAAGGAAUUUUGAUUAUCAGGUAAGCAUUUCCUUAUAUACUCUAAUGUUUUGUACUGUACUUUGUGUUAAACUGUAACCAACUUUAUUACUACUGAAUAUGCAUCUAGCAGUUCUGAAGUGCACUCCCAAGAGGUCCUAUAAGGGCUACAAUCUCGUAAGGCCAAUCACACGACACACGAUUAGUCGUAUACGAUUCUUAUUCUGGCGAACGUAAUGGAAUAACAACGCCUUAACACUUUUCACCUUUAACUGAUUGAAGAGGAAUUGUAGCGUGAGCAAUAAUUUUCAUACGGCAGAAUUACAAUCUUAUAUGACAAACCAACAACAACCAAGGUCAUCGCAUGCUUCGUACCACUAAUGGAGGAGGUGGACGAGAGCCGUGCUCAGGCCUUAAAAUAUCUUUUACAGGGCCGUCUGACAAAAUGUCCGGUGACGUUGAGUUUGGGUCGGACAUAUGUCCGAUGACCUUCAGUUCAGUUUUGGCUCGGAAAUAAGUCUGAAUGACACAAAUGAAUAAACGGUAAAUGUUGUAAAGAUAUUAAAUAAUUUGUUUCUUUCAUAUUUAUUUCCAAGCCAAAAUUAGCUUGCUUGCCAGAGCAGCAGUGUUAAAAAAGACUUCGACAACUUAAGCCCGUUUUCCACUUCACCAUUUCGCUCGCUGCCCCGCGCUCGACUACGUUAAAACAACAUUUCCAGUUCACCUUUUAUACAAUAGUACUUUGAUUUUCCAUUUAACAUUUUGAUUUACGUCGGACAAAGCUACAGUUCGGUCGGUCGGACAAACAGUAAACCUCAGUUUCACUUUGGUCGGACAGAAUGUCCGGUGGUUUCCUCUCUACGUCGGACAAUUUCACGAAUGGGUCGGACAAUGUCGGUGACCGACCGAUAUUUUAAGGCCUGGCCGUGUUUGCGCUUGAACCUCGUAGAUCGAGGGUCGAUCUUUCCAGCGAUUGAUUGGAAAAGCCAACGGUAAGGAAACGACUCCAAAAUUUUGCUAAUAAUGGCUGUGAAGGAGAUGGGACGAAAGUCUGAGUCGAUGUCUUGAGCGGGGGAAGAUUUGGGUACUGGCGAAACGUUAGCUGAUUUCCACAAGGAAGGGACAAAGCCUUGACGGAGGGACAGAUUGAAAAUGAAGGUUAGUGGGCGACACAAAGUGGAUGCGUUUUCACGAAGAAACCACGCCGACAUUUCGUCGGGACCAGCAGUGGAGUGGGGUUUAGUUGAAAGUAAUGCUCCUUCGGUAUCUUCAACGGAUAUGAUGAAUUCGGAUGGAUAAACGUCAACGGGAAGUGGAGUCCAAUCAAGUGGAAGGGUCGACCCAACAGAAACGAAUUUGUCGUUGAACAGGUCAGCUAAUUCUUCACCUUGGUAGGGACGAUUAUUAUACAUCAACGUUUUAGGAUUUCUAGACGAAGAAAGACCUGCGAUCUUUUUUACCGCUGACCACCAUUUUUUCGGGUUGGAUUGUUGGACGUCAGCAAUGUUCCUUCUGUAGUAGGAGUUACGAGCUGCGUUUACAUUUAGCAUUCACCAUAGAUUUAAUUUCUGACGUAAUCCACGGCUUGUCACUAGAGUCGACCGUCACUCGGUUGAAGGAGAGGUACUUCUCAAUGAUCUCGUUGACGGUGUCAGUAAAGAAGAUAAACUGCUCGUUGCAGGAUUGCAUGUGGUACAAUGGAGACCAGUUAACUUGGCACAACUUUUCUCUGAUUAGAAGGUCGGUUAGAAGGUCGUGCGUCUCUCACGAGACGGGAGGAUCUUGAGUUGGAGUUCGCGUAGGACAUAAUUACAUGAAUGGAUUCAGAACUAUUGAAUUGUGAUCGGAGGAACCGAGAGGAGCAACAACGUUAGGGGUGUCGUAAUGCUUUGAGAUGUUGGUAAGUACUUUGUCUAAAAUAUUGUUACCUCUUGUGGCUUGGUUGACAAUUUGCUUGAGGUUAAAGGAGGAGCAUAACCAUUGAUGUUUGAACUGAUUGAAAUCGCCAGUUAAAAUAAUACCAGAAUUUGGGUGGGAGAAAGAAUGGAGUCAAGAUUGUCUGUAAUACGAGUUUGUAAAUCGAUGUCAUCGCUUCCAGGUGGUUAUCAAAUAUACGUGCUUCGGUGCUUGUUUAAACAAUGUUUUGUAGAAAGUAAAACCGUUUUUUCGGUCCAUACUAAAAAACCUCGGUCUGAUAUUUCACAGUACAGACCUCACGCUCGGUCAAUAAGCCGUUAUUAGUAACCGUAGAACGCUAGUCUACUGUACAUUUUGUAGGAUCCUUAGUUUAAUUCUUGUUUAAUCCUUGUUUAAUCCUUGUUUGGAGUUUAGAAUGUUCCUUAGACUCUUUUACUUACAGUAACUCGUUUUAACAAACUAAGAAUUCACAAGAUUUCUUUGUUGACAUUUUAGUUGUACCACCUGGCUCGAUAGACCUCCUUAAAAGACUGCCAGGUGUUGAAACAGUGGAAGUCACUGCUAAAUACCCGACUGUUGAAGGUGGGCAUUAAAAUUAUUGCAAAGCAUAUCCCCCCCCCCCUCCCCAGUACAAUGUUGUGCUUAUAUUGUCAGUGGUAAACGUGCAAGGUGUUACACAACAUUACACCGGGAAAGGGGGAGGUCUGGAUAUGAAAUUGGGAAUACAAUGCGCAUGUAUGUAUCUGUAAAUCAGAAAUGUAGUUUAGGGCGUUGGUAUUGGAUUUGCAAGGAUUUUUGACCAGGAUUGCUGGCGAAACAUCAAUGAAAUCAGAACGUUUAACAAUGAAAAAAAAGCGUACUGUAUAGUAUAGAAUUGUAAAUGUUGUCGAUAUAUGUACAUUUUGAAUAGUGACUCUAUUUAGUGGAUUUUUCACUCCGUUAAUCGUG